GUCCGUUCGCUGAGGACUUUAAUAUUUCAUUUUAGAGAAGCCGGAGCUGCUUUCAAACGACGCAGAGGCAUGUGAGGAGAUGUCGGAGGUUUCGUCAGUGUCGCGCCGCGGGCCGUACGUCAGCAUGAUCACCAGCCGCAGUGUGAACCUGCUGAUCCGCGCCGCCAUGCUCUUCACGGUGGGAGUGUUUCUGGCGCUGGUGCUGAACCUGCUGCAGGUGCAGAGGAACGUCACGCUCUUCCCUCCAGACGUCAUCAGCAGCAUCUUCUCCUCCGCCUGGUGGGUUCCUCCCUGCUGCGGGACGGCUGCAGCGCUGAUUGGUCUGCUGUACCCCUGUAUGGACCGGCGUCUCGGGGAGCCUCAUAAGCUGAAGAGGGAGUGGUCCAAUGUGAUGCGCUGCGUUGCCGUAUUCGUGGGCAUCAACCACGCCAGUGCUAAGGUGGACUUUGCCAAUAAUGUGCAGCUGUCCCUGACGCUAGCGGCUCUGUCUGUGGGCCUGUGGUGGACGUUUGACCGCUCGCGCAGUGGUUUUGGACUGGGAGUGAUCAUCGCCAUCCUCGCCACGCUCGCCACACAGCUGCUGGUCUACAACGGAGUCUUUCAGUACACGUCUCCUGAUUUCCUCUACAUUCGCUCCUGGCUGCCGUGUAUCUUCUUCGCAGGAGUCAUCACUGUGGGCAAUAUAGGACGACAGCUGGCUCUGUACGAGUACAAAGUGAGUCAGGAAAAGAGCCACCAGGACUGACGGAGGAUCCUCUGGAGGGUUCUGUGUUUGAGGAUGGACAGUGUUUAUGAAGCUUCUCCUGCCUCCUCUGACCGUAAUCAUCCUCAUCAUCAUCUUCAUCACGCACACUGAAACACUUCUGACCACAGCAAAAGUGCCAAACAGACUCUCACGGCCGAGAGCGAAGCCUGUUCAUCCGCACACAUCACAGUCAUCUCCACUCAUACGGGCGGAGGAGACGCAUCUGGAGAAAAACACAGACACUGCUGGAUCUCUUUCAUCAGGGAAUGUUCAA